AUGGUGGGCGAUUCUCCGCUUAGGGUUCUUGUUGCUGGAUGCGCAUACGGCGGUAUCGCUACUGUGGUCAACCUGCUCGAUCUCUCCCUCGGCAAGUCGCCUCGAGGUGCUCCCAACAAUGUGCCUCACCAAGCAGCUUUGAAAGGGAUCCCGCUCGACAUACAUAUUGUUGACGAGAGAGAUGGUUACCUCCACUUGAUCGGGUGCCCCUUGGCUUUCGCGUCCAAAGAGCACGCUCCCAAGUUCUGGCGCAAGUUUGAAGACAUUCCGGCCUUGCAACAUCCAAGCAUCAGCUGGACGAGAGGAAGCAUCACGAAGAUCGAUCCCGAUCGCAUGGUAGCUCAGUUGACAGACGCCAAGACUGGCGACAGGGUUGAAUACCACUACGAUUACUUCAUCGGAGCCACGGGCCUGAAGAGAGGCUUCCCCGUUGUCCCAGAGCAGCUCACGAAGAGCAGCUAUCUUGAGGAGACUGGAGACCACGUCGAAGCUGUUGCUGCCGCCAAAGAUGGGAUCGUGGUGAUUGGCGGCGGUGCUGUCGGUGUUGAGAUGGCUGCUGAGCUCAAGGUCAUGCAACCAUCUGCCAAAGUCACGCUAAUUCAAUCUCGAGAGGCACUUCUAUCUGCUGAGCCUCUACCUGACGAGUUCAAGCAAGCCAGCUUGGACGCAUUGCGGGAGGUCGGCGUUGAGGUGAUUCUCGGUAAAGGCAGAGUGGUAGAAACAACCACUACCCAACGAGAUGAUGGGACAUCAGUACAGAAACUCACUUUAAAAGACGGGUCUCAUGUGACGGCGAACCAUGUCAUCAACGCGGUAUCGCAGCAAGUACCAUGCACCUCUUACUUCCCACCCAGAAGUCUGGACGAGGAAGGUUUCGUCAAGAUCAACAAUAAGUUCCGCUUCCUCGAAGGCCACAAGAACGACGGUCGACAUUACGCCAUCGGCGACAUUGUCAAAUGGUCUGGCAUCAAGCGCUGCGGUGCAGCAAUGCACAUGGGAUUCCUCGCGUCCGAGAACGUGCACAAACAGAUGCUGUACGAACGAGAUAAUGUUGAGCCAGACUUCCACGAGUUUCCCGAAGUGCCUCCCAUGAUUGCGCUGGCGAUCGGAAAGAAGGCUGCGACCUACGGACCUGGGAUGGGCGUUGAAUGCUCAGAGCAGCAGAUGGAAUCGUUCUUUGGAGAGGAUCUGGGUUUUACUGGCUGCUGGAAUCACCUCAAGCUCAGUGAGGCUCCGUCGAGUGCUGGCAUCAACUUGUACUCUGUGCUACCACAAACAGCACCCUACCGGGAUAUGAAAGCGUCGACAGCAGUAACAGCUUGA